CUGCUUACGGUUCUUUGAACGGGAUUUCUAGGGACCGUCGACGCGGAUUUGCGCUCUACGGACCCGUCGGCGAGCACAGAGAGCUGUAGUCUUCAUGUCCUUCGAUCGACUUUCAUGAGAGCUGCCGGUGAAGUUGCAUCCCAGGCACGUCCCGGACCUUCGCGCGUGUCCCGUAUGGCGGCGGGGCGGCUGAAAGCGCAGCUGCCAACGUGCUAUCACGAGGGCUACCUGCAAAAGCGCUCGAUAACGGAGAAAACAUCUCACAAGCUUUGGACGGCCUUAUGCGGAAAUGCGUUGUUCUUCUUUCACAGCAGUAAAGACAAUUAUGUGGAGAAGCUGGAACUGGAUGAGGGUAUCUCUCUUUCCGAUGACCCCACCUAUGACCGUAACCUGGAAGCGGCAAAAUUCCAACUGUUUUUAAAAGAUGGAAAUGUCCAACUGACUGCUCCGAGCCUCGAGGCACGUGAACUAUGGAAAGGGUACAUCUACUGCGUGUCAAAGCUGGCACUGCCUAGUUCCUUCAACCUGCUGCCUGGCCAGCUUCACCUGCUGAAGGAGGUGGUGGAGCAGGAGAAGAAAAGACGCACGGUUGGGGGCCACAGGGAGAGGCUUGCAUCUCCUACCAGAGCCACAGCUGCACCCGUCUCCCCGAUCUACACAGAUAUAUUGGCUGAAAUGCCAGCUUGUUACUAUCAGAUAUCUCGGGCCGAGGCCGAGGUUCUUCUAGACAGGAACCAGGACAAAGGCAACCUGCUGCUCCGGCAAGGGCGGGACGGCUUCUCUCUGGCUGUCUCCACACGCCAAGACUUCAACGGCAGUCCUGUGUUCAGACACUACCGGGUGUCACGACAGCAUGAGGGAGGUUUUGCUAUUGCUGUUGAGGACCCAAUUCCGUGUGAGACUCUGCAUGAUGUUAUAAGCUGUUUGGUGCAGAAGACGUGCGGAGCCCUGAAGCCCCUGGUUCUGGAGCAGGCUUAUGAAGAAAGCAUCACAUUCAUUAAGGACAAUGCAGAAAGUGGGGAGAAGAGCUUGGAGCAUGCACACAGAGGCCCUGAAACUCAUUCCCCAGUAGUGGCACCUAAACCAGCUCCGAGAACUACAGUGUCUCCCUCCCAGCCUGGGCCAUAUCGGGAUCCACACGACAACAUCUAUCUGAACCCCUCCGAUGAAGAAAAAGUCGCCAUCCCCCUGGUGCCUCCUCGCACGACAGAGGGGAAGAAGGUACCUCUACUUCCACCCACUCAACAAAAACCACCAGUCAACUCGCACAGUUCCCCAGAGACUCUGGGACCCAGACUGAAAUUACGCACUCUUCAAUCUGCUUCAGAACUCCUUCCGCAGGAUUUGGCUAAAGAGCUAAAAGUAGAAGUGCAGAAGAGAUACAUGAGUGACCAGCUGACCAGCUGACCUAUGACCCCACCUCAGCCAGCUGACCUUGCCUCGUCUGAGGAAAAAAAACAAUGAAGGAAUUAUUUUGAAAAAGUCAUGAAGGACAUGGUGGGACAUGACGAGCUGUUUCUUGUCACACUGCCCAUAAGUGACCUGUGUAAAGCUGAAACUGGGCAUGUUGGGAAGUGUGUGUGUGUGUGUGUGUGUGUGUGUGUGUGUGUGUGUGUGUGUGUGUGUGUGUGCGCGUGCUGUCCAGCUGGCUAGACUGCAGACAUCUGUAAGAAUUUAUUAUAACAAUUACUCUGUAAAUUAGUAAAUAUCACCAAGGUGGCGUGACUCCAUGUCACACUAUUGUCUGUGUCUGUCCAACACUGAAUCACAGUUUCUCUGUAUAGAAUUAUUGAAUUAUAUAUAGUCAUAUUGAAUAAUUUAAAUUCAUUCUUGGUUUUGGUUUGAUCUGAUUUUGGACAAUAUUGUCUUUUACAGUGAAUAUUAACUUAUUACUACUUGUUCAGUGAAUCAUGUUAAUCUUUCACAACUGAGGGCCAAUCAGAAUAUCCUGAUGUCCUGCAGGGCAGGGCAGUGAGUUGCUGUUCAGGACUGUGUGUUCUCUCACACACCCAGCCAAAAAGUGGAAAACCCUAAUGAGAAGUUUGUGGUUUAAAGAAAAACCCAAUAAACCAAUCAAAAUGAUUUAGGUAUUGGUGUUUUUAAUCAGUAUGAACUGAACAGCGAAGAGAAAGUUCAAGUGAUUUAUUGUGUACAGGGGAAUAUGGACACACUGCGGUGUGACUCGUGUCAGGAGUCUAAAGGCUGGUGUGUUGUGGGUCCUUAACACCUCACCAUCUUCUGAGCAGGACAGCCAACCAUAGCGCCACGCCAAUUGAAUGAAGAAGACAUCCCAUAAUGACCUGCAGAGGAGUACGGAAAGGAGCUCUGCUUACAGGAGAGGGUGCAUUGGAAACGUACAUCACCUGUUCCCCGCCCCGACACACACACACACACUGCUACAGCUAACACUUUUAUCAGGUGCGCGAAAAUCAGCACAUGCUAGCGACGAACUUCAAUAAUUCCACUUUAUUGUAAGCUGGAGUGAAAGAAAGAAAAAGCUCAGCCUUGGAAGAGAAUGUUUGGUGACGUUAAGCUUUGGUAAUGAGAGCGACUCGACUACGCAACUUAAAACAACAUCCGCUAUGCUGAUUAUGAGGCGCGUGUGUCCAUGGCUA